AUGCAAGGAGGCACAUCAGGCCAUAUAUCACUAGGGUUUGUAUUCUUGGUGAUAGGAAUAUGGCACCUCUUCAACUCCAUCAAGCACCAUUCUCUCCACCCCAAAACCUUCAUCUCCCUCCCAUGGUUCCCUGCCCCAAGACUAAAAUACCUAGAGCCCAUCACCAUCAUCUUGGUCACAACCGUCUUUAUAAUCUCCGAGCUCUUCGUUGCCGGCACUGGCAGCCCCACCGCCGCCAAGAACCUCCGCCACCUCGAGCACUCACUCAUCGCCCUCUCCUUCUCCAUCUACGCCUCCUUCGCGAUCCUCCUCGACCGCCUCGCCCCUCCCCGGGCUCCCCACCGCGGCCUCCUCCACCUCCUCCAGGCCGCCGCAUUCGCGCAGCAGCUCCUCAUCCUCCACCUCCACUCCACCGACCAUGCCGGCGUCGAGGGGCAGUACCACUGGCUGAUGCAGCUCGUCACGUCGGCGACGCUGCUCGCCACUUUGCUCCUUGCGGCCAACCCUAGGAGCUUCAUCGCCUCGUUCGCGAGAGGCUUCUCGGUGGUUUUUCAAGGAGUUUGGCUUGUUGUGAUGGGGUUCAUGCUGUGGACGCCGGAGUGGAUGCCUGAGGGUUGCUUCUUGAAGGGGGAGGUGGUCAUGUGCCGUGGUGACCGGGCCCUGAGACGGGCUAAGGCUUUGGUGAAUCUACUGUUUGGAUUGUAUCUGAUUGUUUUGACUGUGUUUGUGAUGGUGUUUUACUUGGUUUUGAUCAAGAUGUAUCCUCAAGAGAAAGCAGAGUAUAGAUCGUUGACGGUCAAGUUUGAUGAGGAAGAAGAGGGAGAUUAA